UUUAUUGCAGUUGAGCGUGGUCUAUUGGAGCUGAGGAAGUUGGGGAUAGAACAGCAACUUUGGAAAGCAUCUCGUAAGGAGAUUGAUUUGGCCUCUCCUCUUUUCCCAGUUGCUAAUCACAAAAACCAAACAAACUCUGAGAUUUCUCAGUAUUUUUGGGUCUUUUUUUCGCUCUCUACUUUUGUCUCAUAAUUUUUUCUUCACAUAAAAUUUGUAGUGCUGCUCGAACUGGUUUUUCUCAUGCUACAUGCCCUGUGGCAUCAUCAUAUUCAUUGUUAUAUAUAAUAGAGUUGCUCUAUCGCUCUAAGAUUUUUGGCAUGUCUCAUGGACUAAAUUGAAGUAUUCAACUGCCCUGCCCCAACCCAUAAUCCUUUUCAGUUCAGUUUAAAUUUUAUAACUGAAAAUCAUGGAUAUGACACCUUUCAAGAAGGACAUCGAUGAGCUUAUAGCUGAGUUCGUUGAGGAUGAAUCAACUAAUUUGGCAGAGAUGAAAAGGGUAUGGCUUUCAAGGAAAUUCUCAUACAUAUAUGAGGCAACUCCUCCUUCCAACGUGGCCUUCUUCAUCCAAUCAUUGUAUGCCCAUUCCAUUGGUUAUAUAAGCAGUACAAGUUCUUUAUCGAGGAGACUUGGGGGGCUCUAUUGUCUUUACUGCCUUCACGAGACUCAACCUUUCAAACCUCCUUUCAAAAUUUAUCUUUCGCUUGAAGAGCUGAAAAAACUUAGGAACCUUGUUGUUACUGCCAAAGAAAAUGGUGUAAAGGUUGCUCCUUCUGUGGUGAAAAAAAUGCUAGAAAAGAACAUGUUCUUCUUUGGGUUUCUUGACAUGAAUGAAGGGCCUGUUGCAGAGACGGUUAACCACCUCACAGAAUUACAGAAUGCUCGUGUUCAAGUUGCAUACAGGGAGUUAUUUGCUGAUAAUAGGCUUCAAGACUUACUCCAUUUGGACAUGGGUAAGGAAGUUGAUGUAAAUGUGCUCAAUAAAAUGUCUACAGAAUACGCAGAAGCUAAGAAGCUAGCUAUUAGCGAGGCCAGUGAGGUCGUGGACAUUCGCAACAUAGAGCACAUUGCAGAAGAUGAAAAGUCAGUUGGAAAUAUAGUUGAGAAAAUUACUGGAGAAUGGGAUGUCCAGAAGGAACAAUUUCGCCAGCAAACAGGGAUACUUCAACAACAUCCGGAAGACCAUGAUGAACAGGAGCAACAACUAUUGCUUCAAAAUGGCGAUAACUUUGACCUGGAGCUUGAACAGCUGCUGUCUGAAACAUAAUUCCAUGGAUAUAUACACAAGCUAGACACUGAAGUUGCAGGGGCAAAAAAGUCAGCCGUGGUGUUUUUCAUACCAUUGCUACUUCUGAUCUUGUUCCAAGAAAUGAAAGAAUUUGAUGGUUUUCUGUAAAGCUAUAUAGCCUAUAGUAGACAGGGAAAUGAAGUUACUUUUUUUUUUCUUCGGCUAAAAAGUAAAUGAAGUUACUUUGUAUGAACUUUCUUUUUUUUUUUUCGAUAACUGAUGCUCCAACGGAGCACACUUUUUCUUAAUGCCAAAAAUAGUUUGAGACAUUGAGAUC